CGUCCAAAGAUAUUCUUUUCUGGAACCCCCAGCGGACAAUUACUUCGAGAUAAACGCACUAUUCCCGUCACAAACAUCGCUGAGCUAGUUGAGUAUGUGUUACUCCCUCAUAACAAUGAAGUUACCAAGCCUCGUGCGCUGAAUACGUUUCUUGAUGGACUUGCAGAGUUAGGAAUCGAUAAAGGUUUAAUCAAGAACAAAAAGUUGUUAAGUGAUUUAAUAGAAAAGGAAAAAGGCUACCAAAAUGUAGAAAAUACUUCCGAUAACGAAAGUAAUAGGUGGUUUUCACGUUACGUCAUCGCCGCCAUACUGGUGGACGGUAAACAAAAGAUCGCUCAUUAGCUCCCUUUGUUUGUCUACCAGCAUUUGUUCAUUUCACCAUUGUUAUUUGUGUCUCCCGAGAUUGCAUGAAAACCACCUAUAAUGAGGAGAGUUCAUCGGAUAUUGAAAAUCAGGAGGAGGAAGUGGCUUCUAAGAGGGUCCCAAUGGGGUGGUGGCUUUUACGGUUAUCGGCUAAAAUUUUGGCUCUUUUACGGCUAUCGGUUAAUUUUUUUCAGUUACGGUUAACGAAAAAGUUAAAAAUUAACUUCUUUUGUUUCAAAAAGUUAAAUAUUAAUUAACCCGUAUUUUUUUGUAUCUUUAAAUCAAAAUAAAGGUCUUCGGAUCAUCUCGGGAUGAAAUAAGCUAUUCUUUUGAAAAAGUUUAAUAUUUUAUAUAUCAAAAGGUUGAAUACUUUUUAUAAAGUAUUCCACUUCUAAUACAUUAUUUUACACAUAGAAAUGUCAAUAGUCAAUUUAAAAAUAAUCUUCGUGAAAAAGCAAAAGCAGACACGCAAACGCCCAACUCAAGGCCCGGGGCGCGACAUUCAUUAUAACAGAAAUGGCCGUUUUCACACUAGAGAAGGAUUAUUCGUGUGAGACGGGUUAUCCGUUUGUUGAUUCGCGUCAGAUAGGUAAUACGUCUUAAUCUGAAAAUGGAAUAGUUUUAAUUUUGAAUGAACAAUCCGCCUGACUUUUGAAGACGGGACUAUCCGCUCCAGAUAGCCUGUGUACAGCCGCCCCCUCCCCCGCAGAAAAAUCGGAGAAGGGGUGUCUGUGGGGAGGGCGCGACUGUACACAGGCUAGUCUCAGACGGAUGAUCAAUUUCUAGCUCUAGUGUGUGCCUAGGUCUUGGUUAACACCUAAAAGGCGCUUUGCCUAACGUGCGUACGGAGUCACACUAGCCGGGAAGUAAAAAACGUAAUCAUAAGUAAGUUUAGCACCUUCCCUAAAAGUAGCAAAUCUAGGUAACAAUUUCUUUUACGGUUAACUCUUUUUUACCCUAUUUACGGCUAACGGUUAAAAUUUUUCAAUUUUUACGGCUAUCGACUAAAUUUUUGGCCGUUUUACGCCUAUCGGUUAACCCCAUUGAGACCCUCUUCUGAGAAUGGCGCUGAAGCUGAAGGCAUCCAAGAGAGCGACAACGACACUGAAAACGACAGUCAGGAGAUAGAAAGUAGUAACCCUGAAACGUCCACCACCUUUCACUCCAAAAGUCCCUGUGAACACUGCGAAAACUCUAAUGUGUACGGGACAUUGAUCAUGAAAUGUCCUAAAUGCCUUUGGCACGAUUACUACAAGAUUUGUCCUAUAUGCGAUCACCAGAUUCCCGAGGGGAGACAUUACAUGAAAGAGGGCUUUCUUCGGUGUCACGAUUGCGGAGCAGUUACACACAAAAACGCGAAGACGUUGGAAACCAAUUUCUAUUCCCCUUCUACAGAGGAGAACGAAGAUGAAGAUUAAUUAAUUUCCAUUCCUGUGUAUUUGACUCUUUUUGUCAUUGUUUUUUAAUAAAGUUUUUUAAAACGGUAUCUCUCUUGUGUUUUUAUUGCUAGCAAUUAUGAGUCGCGUGUUUUAAUUGAUCCUUGUUAAGUUAUUUGUUUUAUAAUAAUACGUCAAGGUUGCUCCCUUGAGGUUUUUCCUGUAGAGCUAAUUUGUAUUCAACUUUGGGCUUGUGAACUCGCAUAAUUAACUGAUUAACAGCGCGUGAAAAUGACAAGACUUCAAUAGUUUUUCAUUUCCUCUAAAUAGAAAGGAGAAAACAGUUCUGUAAUAGUCAGACAAACUUGAAAUAAAGCGUUUUCAGCUCCAAUUUGUGUAUGUUUUGUUUAUAUAUAUCCGAGUUUUAGCGCUAAAUAAGAUAUAGGAAACCGUUUCUCGCGUUGCUAGGUGAUCGCUCUUAUUUUCCUUUUAAUAGACGGUCCGAAAACCGGGCUCAAGUUACUUAACGGGCGCCUAUUUUCUAUUGUAGUAGAGUGACGCUCAUUAGUAAACCUAUACCGAAUUAGUAUGCAGGAAGACACUGACUAGGCACUUAAAUUAAUACGGAGGAACGCAUUUUUUUCUCUAGGAUAAAACAACGGUGACGUCAUAGACUCGACCCUUAUACAUAUUAAUUAAGGGAACGCACACGGAACGCAAAGGGAACGCACCAACGAGGUUAAUUUUCAACAUAGUCCACUACUCAAACGACAAAGUGUGGUAUCUCGACAGACCCCUCGGAAAGAAAGAAAUUGGCAAGUUCCUCAAAGACGCGUUUGCUGCAGCCAAACUCGAUGACACAAACAAGAAGGUUUCUAAUCACUCCGUUAGAAAGACCAGUGUUGGACGACUUCUCGAAGCAGACGUUCAGCCAAACUUCGUUGCACAGCUAAGCGGUCACAAAAAUUUGAAAAGCCUCAACAGCCACCAUUCAGCAUCUCUGAAGCGACAGCUAGAAAUGUCUGCUAUCCUGAAUCGUGGGCCAGGUACAUCCGCUCAGUCCGAAGAAAACCAAGUGAGUACCUCCACUACAACAGAGCAAAAUGUCUUCACAGUCCAACAAAUCCAGCCUCAGGCAAUUUUUGCCGGAUCGCAUAUUGACAAGUUCGAAGGUUGCACAUUUAACAUCAACGUUUUCAGUGGUGAUCGGUCGAAGAUCGCAAGGCUGAAUGACAACUGAUUGCUGAACGAUCGAGACACAAACAGGCAUUACAUACAUUGCAGUAGCACUUUUGGUCACUUUUCAUAAAUUGUUCUUUCAACCACAAGCUUUUUCGUUGAGCCUGUAUGAAAAAUUUUGUCUUCAUUCAUUGACGAAGUUUGUACAAAGCUGGACUUUGAACAGUUAUUUUUGUCCCGUUUGGACUGGAAACCAGUGACAGAAGAAAGCCAGCUAAAUGCAUGGUUGAGCCCGCGCAGGGAAGCAAAUAUAAUUAUUUAUGUUUUUGUUCCUUUGCUUUCUUGUUUGGCCAUAUAAUAAACAUCUUAUUAACCGAGCUAGGUCGGUGUGUAUUGGAGAAUCUUGACCUCGGUCGCUGGUACAGACCUCACUGCGUUGGGUCUGUACUAAUAUCUAUACUGGCGACCUCGGUCAAGAUUCUCCCAUACAGACCUCCCGCUCGGUUAAUAAGAGCUAAAUAUUUUAUCCAUGAUAUUUCUGCAAAUUGACUGUCCACCCCUCUAGUAAAAAAAAUAUGUAGUUAUUAAAAAAUACUUUUUGGAAAUGAUAAAAAAUUCUUGAUAAUAGAUUCUGUACGCCUUGAGGAGUGCCAGAAACAGCUGCGAUCACUUUAUGAAACCAGUAGUAAAGUCAGAAUCAUUCCAUGGGACCAGAACUCUGCUGUUGAUAUUGACAAGAUUUACACAGACUUGUCUUGGAUUAUGGAUGACAGGACACCCAGGGGAGUGAUUCAAGAAAACCUUAACCACUACACUGACAUUUUUGCUGACAGAGAACCUCGUCGUGCACCCAAGCGAAUUUUGGUUUAUGGACAACCCGGUAAGUGAGGGAAUGAAGUAAAAAAGUUACUUGUCUUAUUUAACUCACAGGAGGAUAAAAUAUAAGUACAUGCAAAAAUCACAUACAAAUAACAGUAACACAGAAACCAUUGGUCUACUGGCAUUAAAUUAAUCGACACAAGGUGUUAGCAAAUGCGUUGUAUCAGCUAGUGAUGUGCAGGUUUCUUCAGUGUUUUGCUGACAUAUUGUACAUUCCAAGUGGGGUAGAUUGUUACCAUGCAUUCUGUCAAACCAAAUGAAACAUUUGGUCUGUUGCUGUUAUAAAUAAAAUAAAAGUUAAUCAGACUGAUAAUAAACAAUAUAUUUAUUGGCUUUACAGCAAUCAUGACAUACACUCUGGGCUCCAAUAGUGUCGUAAUAAUGGUUAAAAUAUUGUGACUCAAUUUUAUCUAAAAUUCAAGUUUAUUUAAUGCCGAGAGCUAAAAGAAUAAACUGAAAAGAAAUCUUCCAAGGAUAAAAUCGCACCAAAAGCUUCACAAUAGACUGAUGACUGGCAGCAGUUUGGCCCAGUUGCUUGAAGGCUGAUCAGUGCUUGCAAGCUGGGGUUAAAUUUUAUCUGAAGGUCUGGAUCUGCCACUGUUAACCUGGGUUUCUUUUUGUUAAUUAAUUAUCAAAAGCAUUUUUUUGGAUUUUUCUUUACUCUUUUUAGAUGAUCUAAUCAUCAAAUUUUAGACAAAAAGAAUUAAACUGAAAUUUGGUAUUUAAGCUUUCAUAUCUGAAUUCAAAUUUUGCGCUAACCCUUUUAAGAAGGAUUUAUUUCCAUUGUCUUCAUCAUGAAUAAUUUUGAACAUUAAUUGAGAUACCAUUUUUGAUGAAUGUUAUAACUAUAGUCUCUAAUCAAAGCUAAGAAUUCCAAUAUCCCCCCUUAGAAGCAGGGAAACAUCUUUUUGACAUGACUUAAGAGGCAAAAUUAAGGCCACCGAAAUCUUACUCACUCUGCAUAAUGAUACAAAAAGUUUAAACAUAAUUCCGUUAAAAAUUAAAUUAUAGAAUAAAUAAUUCCUCUUUAAGUUUUAUGAAAAUUAUCAAUUGAAAUUUCAAUAUUUCAGAUUCCACUUCACGUGGCUUCAAGUAAAACAAAUCUUUUGACAGUUUGUUGUUAUUGUCACCUAGGUAUCGGCAAGACUGUUUUCACGAAGAAAGCAACUUUUGACUGGUCCCAGCAGAGAUAUUCAGAAACAUUAGGAGCAUUUGAUCUUGUCCUUCUGGUGAGAUUACGUGAUGUUAGUAAUCUCCAAGAUGUUCCGGCCAUUCUGAGGGCUUCUGAAGUGCUGGAUAGUAAAGGUGCAAUUUCCGUUCACAACCUGUAUGAUUACAUUUGUUGCCAUCAAGAAAAAGUCUUACUUAUCUUGGACGGCUACGAUGAAUAUGUUUACAGUUCAAAAAACGAGUCGCCUGUUUUCAAAAUCUGGAAAAAAAGCCAAUUAAGAGAUUGUUGUGUUGUAAUUACUUCAAGGGAAAUGAAAGCUGAGACGUUAAGAAAUCAUAGUGAUGCUCAAUUCAAAAUUGACGGCUUUAAUUAUCAGCGCCAAGAAGAGUUCGCCCGUAGAUUUUUGAAAGAUGAUAAAGAUAUUCAAGAGUUUUUUAGGUACUUAUGGCAGCACAACCUAAGUGAACUAGCACAAAUUCCCCUACUUCUCUUAAUGUUGUGCUUGCUCUGGACGAAAACAACAAGCGGAAAACUACCAAAGGAACGCGCAGACAUCUUCGCCCAGUUCAUGACGACCAUGUUUGAUCACAUGUGUGAAAAAAAGUCUGCUGCAUCGGUUUCUGCCAAAGAUUACUCAGAUGAAUUAUACGCAUUAGGACGAUUGGCCUUUGAAGCCCUUUUGCAAGGCCAGCUUUAUUUCCCUGUUAGUCAGUUACCUGCUGGCUACAGUUUGAUCGAGAGGCUGAUUGAAGUCGGCCUUUUCCAGGUUUUAAAUAUGGCGAGUUUGAAUCGUGAAAAAGGCGUGUACUUUAUUCACAAAUCCGUACAAGAAUACCUGGCUGGGAAUUUCCUGAAAGAAGAGCUGACAUAUAGAAAGGCUGAAAGCACAAAUUCCCUCUUGAAGUUGGACUCAGUUGAAAAGAUCCGCGAGAUGAUGGAGGUUUUACAAUUUGCUGUUCAGUUGUCAGAAGAGGCCGCGCGCCAGAUUGUGAUUCACUUUGGCGGACUGAAAGAGUUGAAAUUUGACAACGAAACACCGUCACAUAAGGAAUUGUCGUACGAACAAACAGAUUUUAUUACUCACUGUAAUCAGUUAUUUUUCUACUGCUCAGCUGAGACAAGAAAAAACCUCUUUCCUACGUUUCUUUCCUCUUUAGGAGGAGUUCUUGUAAUUAAUGCGGAGCAGCUAAAUGUUGUCGUACAGGAAAAAUUAGUUCAAACUACCGAAAAAACACCCAACUACUUUUUUUUUGAUAUGCUAAACAGUGAGAACGAUUAUACAGAACAGGACUAUAGUAAUUUAAUCAUUUUAACACAACAAUUAAACGCAGUUAUUGUUAGCUCUGCAGGAGAAAAGAAAGCAUCAGAAUUUUUAAGCAACUUAACAUGGCGUCAGAUUGAUGAAUUUUUUUUAAAGAAAGAAGAAAACAACACUCACCUUUAUUUAGCUAAAAUUUUUGAAAAUGAAGAAAAAGGCAUUCCUUUUCCUUGUGAUAUAAUAAAGGCGCUAAUAAGUAAACAAGAGACAACAACGAAGACAAACAUGAAUGGUGAUGAGUCAAGUGAAGAGAGCAGCAGCAGCUGUUGUUCAAAGCGUCAUGGUCUCUCCAGGGUUAGAAGGAUUAAAGCUGUUGUUGUGAACAGGUCGGAAGUGGAACAGCUGAUUGAGAUGAGGCCGUUUAUCACCGCUCCACACGUGAUAGAGGUUUGGGGUGAAGGCGUUGAAGUGUACGAUGCUGAGGUAACAGAGUCUCUGCUGAGGAGCAUCCAAGUAACACACAAACUGAAGAAAUUAAGACUCUGUGGUAUCAAUCUAACAUUAUCACCUGCUGUGGAGUUAUUCAUCAACAAUGUAUUUAAAAAAGCACCAAACUUGGAGGAGCUCGACAUGUCAUUCAAUCUUCUUCUGGGUGCAGGAGUAGACAGCUUAAUUAAACAUCUCAGCUGCGCUCCUCACCUAAAGAAACUGUGGCUUUUACAUGUAAAGAUGACUCCACAGCAGGUGAUGGAUCUGUCAUCAGCCGUCAAGCAGCACGGCAACAUCACUUUACUGGGGUCAGGCUACCACGUAAGUUUUCCAGUGUUAUCGCAAUUUGUUUCUUUAUUCUUUGUUUACAGUUUAUUCGUACUCAGCUCUUGCCUUUCGCCAUUUUCCUUUCUUGUCAUUUUUAUACUCGACAAAACACGAGAUUUACUUUUGAAAACAAAUCACAAACUUUAGCAGAUUCAAAGUAUCAUUUCAAAUUCAUUCCUUUCAAUUGAUUAAACUAAAUCCAAAAAAAUGUUUUAACCGAGAACAAUUAAAUUAAUCUGAAGGUGUUUGCACUGUGCAAAAUAAUGGAUCAGCGAGCAGAUAUGAAAUUUCUCUUUGAGUCUGGUUCAACUCGAUAUGAGCUCACUUAACAAACUUGUGAUAUAUGUAUUAACACAAAAAUUCCACAGCAUUAAUUUCUCAAUCAAUUUUAAUUCAUUACUUUUUAUAAAAUGAUGAAUAACAAGCACAGAGUCAAAAUAUGUUCUGUUCAUGUUCAAUUCAACAAACAAUUGGCAAAAAUUAAGAGAAAAAAGGCUAACCACUUACAGUUUCACUUUUAUCACUAAGGUUUUCGUAAACUCAGCUAAACUCAAGUAAAGUUUCUUUGAGAGUACAGAAAACGAAGAAGUCUUUUUAGAGCUGUCCUUUUGUUUGAAUGUCCUUUGCGUUUCGGUAAAUGCUUGUCCUCCCGUAAAUAACCUGACUGUAGCGUAGGUUUUUGAGAUAGCGUUCCACAAAAAAUGUAAUUCUUCUGAGACACUUUAGCUGAAAUUUAACACCAUACAUUUAAUCAUAGGUAAAAGCACUCCUCUAAGGUACUAGCUGUCUAUUUUUGUCGGUUACUUGUUUUCCAGUUUUACGACGAACACAACAAAUCCUGCGUCACUUCGCGUCUUGUAUGAAUGAGUUGAAGUUCAUAAAUGUAGUUUCCUUUAGCUUGCACAAAUCCUUUGACAAAUUCCUGAGUACAUGAGACGAAUUUUUCUCUUAACUGGUAUUUUGCGGUGUUUUCUUAUUCUUUUUGUGUCCAUCUUGAGAAUUUUUGCGUUGAAAGUUUUCUUUGAUGAGCAAACUGAACUGAAGUGAACAACAAACUACAAAAUCAACAAUCUGUCUUUCAAAGUAGCCUGAAUUUCAUCCGACUGACUUCGAGUCGUUAUAACUCCCUCAGUAACGUCUGAAUCGACCGGCCGUUAAUGCCGUCCAGUGACGUCACUACUCCUUGACCUUUGCUUUAAUUCAUGCAAAAAGUAAAACACGAUUUUCACGUGGCAAACCGAGAAAUGUCGUUUGGAAAUGUCUGCAUGACAGGGACCGCGAAGGGGGAGGGGCUGGUAGGGCCGGGGCCUCACCACUUUUUUGCGCCCCCGCCCCCACUUUCUGCGCUAAAAAGAAAAAUAAUUAAAAUAAAAAAACGACUUGAAACAAGUUUUUUUCCGUCUAUAUUCCGCUAUAUUGUCUGUAUUUUCCUUAAUUUCAAACGCCAGGCAUUUUGUGGGGCUCCUGUGCUUUUCGCGGUAAUUGUGCUCUGGGGCCGACUUGCCCCUUGAUCAAACGCCAUGCCUUGGCCACCCCUUCGCUUCUUUCGGCAGCGUGUUGUGUACUUCCAGCUCCGGCAGAGUUUUUUAUCAGUUUUAUCAGACGAAAUGAAGAAAAUUACUAGCUUUUUCAAGCCAAACGAAGGAGAGUAGUUGUUUUGAGUUGAUAAAAGUUUUAUCUUUUGUCAGUUUCUCCUUUCGAAUCAAUGAAAUAUUCGAUGGCAAGAAGAAUUACAUUACUUGAACAGUGAACGGCCAUAGUUAGAAAUUUUUCAGAUCACUUCAGUGUAGUAUUUUCUAUACUAAAACUGUAAUCGCGUCUUUUCUUGCAUUGAAUCUGAACUGACCGGGUAUGUUGGCCGACCUAUAAAGAGCAACAAAUACACUGGAUAAAGUAUGCAAAGUCACGCGACAGAAACAAAUCAAAUACUAUGAUUUUAUUCCUUUUUUCGAUUUUCAAUAUGAAAAAAUUAUUUUCAAUUGUCAGCCCUUCCACUUUUCACCUUGCUCCGCGGUCCCUGCAUGAUACAGAACUGCUUUAUUUUUUUCGAUCGUAAUUCAUGUUUAACGUUCAAACUAUCAACUGCAUGCAGUACAACUCUGAACCGGUUGUACUAAAUUCUAUAAUCAAACUCGGUCGCAAUCACGCAAUGAAAUACACACACACGGAACACUUAGUUCAAAAACACAAUGAUUUGUUUAAUUGAAACGAAGCUAUUUGGUCCUUAACGAAGCAAAAAACCAAGGAGACAAGAAAGAAAAGCUAACAGAAUCAUUACACUUGACGGUAAAAAUAGCAAGAAGGUCGAAUUAGAACAUUGAUCUCAGAAAACUUCGCGUAAACAAAAUGAUUCACCGGCCGCCGAAACCACAAAGCGGCUCUAAAUGAAAAACCUACCGACUCUCCGCAAUGAUUAGCGUUUCAGUUUCGAAGACAAGGACAAUUUUGCUGUUUAGGAUAAAGAUUAAGCUUAUCGAAAUGGUUGAACUAAACGAAAGAAUGCCAGGGAUGCGAUCUGCUGAAUACAAGAGACAAUCCCGCUAAAAUUUUUUAAUUAUACAUAAUUAUGCGAAUGUUUAGACAAUCAACCAAUCAAAAUCACUACCCGCUUUUCGGGUACUGAGUGACGUUACUGUACGGCAUUAACGGCCGGUCGAUUCAGACGUUGUUGAGAGGAGGAAACAACUCGAAGCAAUCGGAUGAAUUUCAGGCUAUCUUGCAAAGUGGCGUGAGAGAGUGCUUGUGACGUGGCGACAGCUGAUUGGUUAUAUAACUACCCACGUGGUAGAAUUUUCCCGCCUUUCGUUUGGCAGCGCAGCAAGCGUUUCUUCAGACGAGACGCAGGUUUUUUUGCCCCCUCCAUUCUCAACCCCCACUAAGGAAAAACUGAUCUGUGAGAUCUUUAUCAGACCAAAUAAUACAAGAAAGCGGUCCAAGGUUUCAAUAAUUCGCACAUUUUUUUAGUUUCUUUUUUGAUUUUGCUUUUUUGAAAGUCUUGCAUGCAAAUUUUAGGGGUUGAAAAGUAGAAUGUGGUCUUUAAACUGUAAGCACCUUUAGAUGUGCGUCCAAGAAGUCAGAUGUAUUUUUUGUUGGUUUUGUCGUUUCCCCCUCUUUUUCGUAUUUUUAACUCCUUUUUUCAACUGAACUUUAGUUCGCGAGGCCUUUGCUUUUUCUGUAUGUUGGUAAUUUCUAAUCACUAUUAAACGGCACAAAAAUUCGGAAAUUUGGGGUUGACAAGGAAAAAUCAGGAACUUCUUGCGCAGCAACCUAAAGGCUGGUUUACACUAGCGACGGAGUCGGAGUUGGAGUCGUAAGAUCGCUUAUGACCUAGUGAAAAUCAAAAAUCGGAGUCGUAAGCGGAGUAACCUGAGAUGAAGCUCUGUUUUCGUUUUGCUUUAAAAAUUGCAUUCGGGCGGGCAAGGCGAUUUUUUUAGCGGUAGCCGUUAGAGAGAGUGCAUGAGAACCGCUAAAAUUGGGCCUGAUCUCAGGUUAUAAGCGGCGUGAUAAGCGCUCCGGAAUCGGAGUCAGAAGAAUUAGAGCGUUUCCAUUUCUUCCGACUCCACUUACGUUCCGCUUAUGAUCUAGUGAAAACCAGUUUGUCGGAAUCGGAAGCAGAAGCAGAAGGAUAAACCAAUCCCGAUGCACGUUCUCACGCUUUGUGAUUUGUUUGGUUCUUCCGCUUCUGCUUCCGACUCUGACAAUCUGGUUUUCACUAGAUCAUAAGCGGAACUUGAGCGGAAUCGAACGCUGUUUUCACUAGAUCAUAACGUCUACGCUUUUGAUUACGACUCCGACUCCGACUCUGCCGCUAGUGAAAAGCAGCCUUAAUUUUGAGGCACUCACAAGAAAGUUUUUUAGCGCAGCGGUACUCGCAAGACCAUUCAGCACGAAAUUACUGUUUAUGGCAUGCGGAUUUUAAGACUUUGAACUAAAUAAGGCCUCGGAACGGAUUGCAAAAUCAGCAAAAUCUCUUGUUUAGUCCUAAAUAUAACUAAAUUAAAGAAGAAAAACGUCUUUGUCGCAAGCAGAAAUUUCUAUAGUACUACUUUGACUAUGUGUUGAAGAAAUGACCUCUUUUCGGGGUGGAAUCAGCUUGAACUUUACUCAGAUUGGUCAGUGAUCAACAUGAAUUUUCUCUUAACAAUAUCAAAACAUUAUCAAAAGAAAAGGUUAGGAGAAGUAAUAAAAUAAUGAACAAAGGAGAAGUACUUUGAUCUUUUAUCAAGUUCUCUCAACUAAUUCUAUAAGGCAAUGUAUGGAUACUUGUGUGGAGAAUUUGUAUUUGGACAUUGGGGUAAAAUUUUAGUUGUCCGAUAAGCAUAUAUGACACGCCCCCUUCACAUAGUAGUCAACCCCUGGGGUUAUUUUUACCCUUUAAUUGCGUAUCACUUAAAGAAAGGUUUUAAAAUCUAGACAACAGUUUCGAUCUUUUAAACGUUGGUUUAAAAGUUGAAUAGUGCUAGUGUCAUUUUUUGAUUUGUUGUAGGAUUUUAAAAGGAAUCCCAAGCCUGAACGUGAAUGGCCAUCAGAAAACUAUUGGAAAAUGUGGUACCCCAGUCUCUUUUCUCACGCAUCAAAUGAAUCACAGCCGCAAAGGCAACAGGUUGGUCAUCAACUUUGGCAAAAGAGAAUCGAGUAUAAUAUUUCCUGAGUUUGAUUAUUUCUUGGGGAAAAAAACUGCAAAAAAAAAACAUUGCGUUUAAAAAAAGUAUGGUUUUUUCUUCAGCUUUUCAGGAGUUCACUUAUAAGUGAAACGGAGGGAACAGGAAAUGUGUUUUGUAUCAUAGUAGAUCAGGCUGUUUUUUUUUUUCUUGUCGCGAUUUCAUAAAAAUUGAAUCAAAUCAAAACAGUGGAGUUGCAUAUAUGUCUUACAAAUAGUGACAAGUUAUUUGUCUUGUCUUAGGCACUCAGCUCACUUCAUAAUCUUAAUUUUAGUCAUACCAAAACGGUUCUCUUACGAAGAUGGCUGUUUUCGGAAACGACCUGAAAUUUCCUUCAUAAGUUCUUUACCGUUCGGAAAGUCGAUUUAAUCGUUUUAAGGGCACUUUGAAAAAACUUGCUGAUUUUCGUAAAUGAAUUUUUUACAAGCCGGAUUUAGAAGAAAAUGUGUAUCUUUUUUAUUUUUAUUGAGUUGCAAAUUUCACCGCUAUCGCUGUAGUGGAGCAUUUUUACGCAUUUUAAGCAAACAUGGAGCUUGAGGCUUGGAUCAGAAAACCAGUCAACAGUAGAUUGAGGUUUUGUCUUUGUAUAGCUUUGUUUUCAUUACUAACAGAAGAGUUUCUUUUUUUGCUUAAUCAUCUUAUUGGUUUAUAAACUCUUAGCCUAUUGCAGACGUUCAGAUAGUGGAAAGUUCAUCAGCUCUUGUUUUCUUUUACCAUUUGCACAGAUUCUGGCAGAGACUCCCCCCCUCAGUAUUCACGACUCACCAUUCCCUGCUAACGAACAAGACACAGUGGGAACAUUUUCAGCGCCUCCUGAUCCUACUGGUAAGGUUUCCUGUCCCCUAGCCCCUCCCCUCUCAGCUCCCCCCCCCCCUUCCCAAUCACAGAUGUAAGAAAACCAAUUGGCGAGUAACCCCCUUUGCACCAAUAAGAAGUUGUACAUCAGUUCGUCGCGGUCAAACGUCAGUUUUCGUUUGUGAGAUUUAAUAAUUUCGGUGUAGAGUUACGACAAGUUGCUGCCAUCACAUUCUUUCCAUAAUAGCGCCCUGGUUCAUAACCGUAAUUGUGGUGAAAGAAAUCGGAGUUCCACCAUUAUGUUUAUUCAAUAGUCGGGUUAUAGACCAAAAAGGCACUCUACACAGUACUACUACUGUGACUCGUUUGUCACUUUUUUGUUUUACCACAGUUUGACGUCAUCUGUGAUCUGUUACUGAACAGACGCACGGCAACAUGGAAUAUAUUUGUUAAAUUUAACGGACCAGACCUCCGCUCUGCUACCAUAAACUGCAACGAGAGGUGUAAAAGAAACAGUUCAUCUAUCUCCUGUUCCUAUGUAGACAUUUUCCGGUAUUUACUGGAGCGAGCGUUGCUUAGAUUUAUUGUGUAAAGUUGUGUAGUAAAACGAGGGGGCGUAACUUAGGAAAGGAAAAAUGUUGUUGAAGUUCAUGAAUCUGAAAAGUGGUUAACCUUUACGUAUGCCAUCACGUAACUUCUAGGAUCAUUAUUUUUUCCUUUUAACCUCUACAGCUGAUUCCAUGUUAGCAGGAGUGUCAAUUCUUACAGCGCCCGUUCAGCAUCCACCGCAUUACUCCUCCCUAGAUAUCUAUGAGGGAUCCUUGGUUAGCGAUCCGUAUCUCCUCGGCAGUGGUUCUGCCGGUCUGUCUACAGUGACACAGGAGGAACUCGAGUUGGAUGUUUUGUCUGUUGAUGAGGUAAUACGUGGCCGGAUUCACGAAGCCUUUCUUGAAUAUUAUUAUUAAACGGCGUUUAGGAUUUAUCUUACUGAGGAUGUUUUUGUGAAUCAGUUAUUUUAUGUUACAAACUUUUUAAUAUGAAAGUUGUUGUUCUUUCUUCAGCUUUUCAGGAUUUCACCUAUAAGCUGAAACUGGGGGCACAAGAAAUUUUUUUUUGUAUCAUAGUAGUUUCACGCUGUUUGUUUUUUUCUUGUCGCGAUGUCAUAAAAACUGAGUCAAACCAAAACAGUUCUAACAGUAAAAAGUUAUUUCUGUUGUCUUAGGCUUUUAGCUCACUUCUUAGUUUUGGUCUUAGUUUCUAGUCAUACCAAGACGGUUUUCUUACAACGAUGGCUUUUCAAAUAAGUUUGGACGUUACUGUCCGAACAAUAUUGCAACGGACUGCAAUCAGUUUCGGAAAUACCUCUGGUUUUGGAAACGACCUCACGUUUUUUAGCGUUCGGGAAGUCGAUUUAAUCGUUUUAAGUGCACUUUGAAAAAAUUUCCGGAAUUUUGUAAGUGAAUUUUUUUACAAGCCGGAUUUUGGUAGAUAAUGUGGAUCUUUGUGAUGUUUACUGACUUUCAAAUUUCACCGUUAUUGCUGUAGUAGAGCACUUUUGGCAUUUUAAGCAAAGAUGUCUUGUUUUCAUUACUAACAGAAGAGUUUCUUUCAUGCUCAAUCAUCUUAUUGGCUCGUCAACUCUUAGCCUGUUCCAGUCGUGGCAAGUGCCACUCUCCACUAUCAGAAUCAUCAACUCUUGUUUUCUUUCACCACUCGCCGCACAGAUUCUGGCAGAGACUCGCCUCAGUAUUCACGACUCACCAUUCCCCGCUGACGAUCAAGACACCGUGGGAACAUUUCCAGCCCCCCCUGAUCCUACUGGUAAG